GUUGGCAUGAUGUUGACGUUGGUGCUAGGCGCAGUGUGGUUAGUGUGUCAUGUAUACGCACAGAACGAGACAGAACCCAUCGUGCUGGAGGGGAAAUGCUUGGUCGUGUGCGACUCAAAUCCCACCUCGGAUCCCACUGGGACGGCUCUUGGGAUAUCGGUGCGCUCGGGAAGCGCCAAAGUGGCUUUUUCCGUGGUGAGGAACACGAACCACGAGCCGUCGGAGAUGAGCAAUCGAACAAUGGUGAUCUACUUCGAUCAGGUACUUGUGAACGUUGGUAAAAGUUUCGAUGAGGAAAGGAGCAAUUUCUUCGCCCCGCGCAAAGGGAUAUACAGUUUUAAUUUCCACGUAGUGAAAGUGUAUAAUCGUCAAACGAUCCAGGUGAGCCUGAUGCACAAUGGCUGGCCAGUGAUCUCCGCCUUUGCCGGGGAUCAGGACGUCACACGUGAAGCGGCCAGUAACGGUGUUCUGAUUCAAAUGGAGAAAGGUGACCGCGCCUACCUCAAGCUGGAGCGAGGCAACCUGAUGGGCGGCUGGAAGUACUCCACCUUCUCCGGCUUCCUGGUCUUCCCUCUGUAGAGGAGAGGCACGCCACGGAGGGACUAUUGCUCUUUAGCUCGCCGGCUUGUGGGAGAUAGAAGGGAUAUGAGGGCAGAUAAGAGAUAGAAUAAUAGUGAGAAUGUAAAGAAAACAUAUAGGAAAAUUUAGUGUGGCAGGCUUUCAGUCACACUCACUUUGCUCUGCUGCUUGACUUCAGCUCUGGACAGCCAAAACUUUUUUUUUUAUUAUCCUUAUGAUAAUUGAAAUAAUAUGGAAAGAAAGCAUACCGAGGACCGUAGCCCUUCCCACCCCCCUCUUACUCAUCCCAUCACAAUCAACCCUCAAAUGUCUUCAUCUGCUUUGAGGAUUGUCCUUCAAGAGCCCAGACCCCCAUUUCACACUGGUCACAUCUUUGUAUAUUCUAUCCAUACGUACAUACUGUGAGUCUUAAAUGCCAUUGUCAUUCCUCUCAGUUCAGUCGCCCCUUCUUUUCUGGCUUCCUCCAGCUCACCCUUUCUUGUUUCUGAGAGGGCGUCUUUGCUCCGUCAUGACUGAAGGAUCUCUGAAUCCCCACGAAAAGACUGCAUACUGGAUAUAUACAUAUAUAAAUACAUUAAAAAAAGUUUCUAUAUGAUUAUGAUAUACUCAACACCUAACUGAAUCUCGUCAACUCUCUGUAUUUCUGUAUUUCAAUGUUAAUACUUAGUGAUUGUGUGUGGAUUUUCAGGCUGCUGUCCAACUACCAAUGCUUCUUGUUUUUGUUUCGGUAAAACAAAUGUGGCUAAGAUGAAACUAUAUCAGAAAUACUAUAAAGUAUGAAGUUUUAUUAUCACUGAUUGUAAGAUAUAUGUGAAUAUUUAGCAGACAAAAUCCUCCCUUUUAAUCAAUUAACCAUUGUUUUUUUU